GGUUCAGCUCCUCCCUGCUGGGUGCUAGGAGGAAGAGAGAUACUAGGGAGGAUCAGGGUCAGAUUCAUUUCAGCCGGGCUGUUGGUGGCAGUGUGUGCGUGUAAAUGAAGCGUGUGCAUGUGUGAGCGAGAGGACAGAUCAGGGAGGGCUGGGGAGAGAGUGUGUGUGUGUGUGUGUGUGUAUGAGUGACACAGAGAGGGAGACAGUAUAUCCGGGCAGGAGUGGACAUAAGAACGUGGUGGUGGUAGGGGGAGAGGUAAAAGAGACAUUUGAGGGAACCCAGACUUAGAUGAGAAGAUGGCUGAGCCGGAGCUGAAGCUGAGAAGCAGCCGGGAGAGCGUUGCUAAGGGAGCAGAGAGCCAGGAGAAGAUGGAGGGAGCAGAAGCAGACUCUAACCAGGACAUCGUGGAGCAUCCAGCAUCCCCAACAGCGCCUAUGGUUUCUGCUCCCACUGCUUCCAGUCCCAACGGCAGCCUGCCACUCAAAAGCGAUAAGAUCGUGCUCAAACGCAGCAUCACCCUCUUCAACGGCGUGGGGAUGAUCAUCGGAACCAUCAUUGGCUCGGGGAUCUUCGUAACUCCAACAGGUGUGGUGAAAGAGACCGGUUCCGCUGGCCUCUCUCUGAUCAUCUGGUCUGCUUGUGGGAUCAUCUCCACCAUGGGCGCCCUGUGCUACGCCGAGCUGGGCACCACCAUAGCUAAGUCCGGGGGAGAUUACACCUACAUCCUGGAAGUCUACGGCGAACUCGCAGCCUUUUUGAAGCUGUGGGUAGAGAUGCUGAUCAUUCGGCCAUCGUCGCAAUACGUUGUGUCUCUGGUGUUCGCCACCUACCUUCUGAAACCCCUGUACCCGAGCUGCGCCGUGCCCGACAGCGCUGCCAAGCUCAUCGCCUGCCUCUGUCUCACCUCCCUGACAUUUGUGAACUGUAUCAGUGUGAGGGCGGCCACUAAGGUCCAGGACUUGUUCACAGCAUCCAAACUGUUGGCUCUGAUCAUCAUCAUCCUCUUUGGCUUCAUCCAGAUUUUCACAGGUGACGUGCCCUAUCUGAUGCCCGACAAGGCGUUUGAAGGCAGUAAAAUCGGUGUGGACAACAUAGUCUUGGCUUUGUACAGUGGUCUCUUUGCGUUUGGGGGCUGGAAUUAUCUGAACUACGUCACCGAGGAGAUGAUCAAUCCAGAGAGGAACCUUCCCUUGUCUAUUAUUAUAUCGAUGCCUAUAGUAACGGUGGUGUACGUUCUGACCAACUUGGCUUAUUUCACCACAAUUUCUCCUCAAGUCAUGAUCGACUCAGAGGCUGUUGCUGUGAGUUUUGGGGAGUAUCAUCUUGGCGUGAUGUCCUGGUUGAUUCCUGUUUUUGUGGGACUGUCCUGUUUUGGAGCCGUCAAUGGAUCCCUCUUUACCUCAGCACGAUUGUUCUACGCUGGAGCUCGAGAAGGCCAGCUCCCUGCUGCUCUGGGACUGGUUCACACAGACCUGUUUACACCAGUGCCAUCUCUGAUCUUCACAUGUCUCCUGUCCAUGAUGUACGCCAUCUCCCAGGACAUCUUCUCUGUCAUCAACCUCUUCAGCUUCUUCACCUGGCUGUGCGUCGGGAUGGCUAUCGGCGGCCUGGUGUGGCUACGUAUCACCAAGCCGGAUCUUCGUAGGCCAAUCAAGGUGUACCUGUUCAUCCCCAUAACAUUUGUGUUGGGAUGCGUAUUCAUGAUUGUCGUGUCCUUCUGGGCUGCACCCUUUGAGAGCCUGGUCGGCGGCAGCAUCAUUCUCACGGGCAUUCCUGCCUAUUUGCUGGGCUACAAGUGGAAGAAACCCCAUGUGGUGCAGAAGAUGCUGGAAAUCUUCACCAUGUUCUGUCAGAAGAUCUUCAUGUCCGUUCCUGAGGAGAAGGAGAAACCACAGGCUGCCGAGUGAUGCCAGCAAAACAAAUUUAAGGCUAAGUCUGUGACACUCAUUCAAUGUUUACAUGCGUUCCCUUGUAAUGUAAUUCAUUCUUUUGUCAUCAUUUUGAAAAAAAAAACCCUAUUUACAACAUGCAAAUCGGGCUUUAUGGCAUGCCCUUGUGCACAAAACUAAAGACAUUCCCUAAUUUUCUGUGUAGAGGUCAAAACUCAACCCAAAUUUGACAUUUAGACUCAAUUACUUUUACAGCUGAAUGAUAAAAUGUUAAUAAAAUAGACUUGAUAUAACCUCAAAGGGAACACAAACCUGCAAAUACACACUAACUCACAGGAAUCCAGGUUGAUUUCCUAACUGAAGAGUGCAAAUAGAUAGGCUAUAGAGAAGAAAAAACAUGAUUUCGAUCGUUUUACUUUUUGUAUAACUAACAACAAACACCAAAACAGUAUAUUAUAGUUUACAGUCAAACAGAAUAAAAAGGUCAGCAACCUGUGUGGUAAAACCAAAGCUGGAGCUGCAUUUAUUCAUGUAUUAGAAAGAAAGCAUGAUUUAAAGUAAGGGUUUGUAAAGUCUUCUUUAAAUGUGCUUCUGUCACGCAUUUCUUUUGAUUUCAGCGUUGAACCGUGUAAUCUCGUUGAUGCAGGCAAGAGGCAAAAGAAUCUAGAGCCGUACAGGUAGAAACCGCUGUAGCUGAGUGUAUUAGUGUUUGUAUAGAAAGUAUUUAUUGUCUGUGCCGGCCUCCUCAUGUCUCAUAUCACAUGUUUUAUGUCACUCCCAGGCCAAAAAGAAUGUUUGAACUUUUAGAGAGGAACCCCAAAGAAAGUAGCCUUGAAAAAUAAAUAACGACCGACCUAUGUGUCGCCCUUCAACUUAUUAAGGUAAAAUCCAGGUUUUAUGUGAAUAAUCUGAUGCUAAUGCAAACCUAUGAAUUUGUUUUUGCCUCCUCACAGAUUUUUUCUCAGUUUUUGCCUUUUAUUGGGCAUACUUAAAUGUUUCCAGUCAGCAAUUUAUUAUUAAAGAUAACCUGAAGUAUACAGUUUUUGAAUAGAAAGAGCUAAUCCAAACCACCUUGUCUCCACUGAAAAAAUAAUUGUCCCCUUAUCUUAAUUACUGGCGAAACAGCAUCAAAAGUGAUCGAGCAUUGGUUAUGAAUCUCUGCAGAAUUGUUUACGUAACUGAGCCACAUUAGAGAGUUUUCUAGCAUAAACAUAUUUUCUUCACCUUAAAGGUCAGACUUUUUUUUUUAAUUUACAGAAUUUUCUGGCUGGGCAGAAUUCAUGGCUCCAUCACCCCAUCCAGCAUACAAACAGGGUUUUUCUGCUGUUUCCAUGGUGGCCCCACAAGGAUUUGCCCACAUUGGUUUUAAUGGGUUCUUGUAUGAGUCAAACCCUCUGGGUCCCUCUGAAAACCCAAGUAGGGCCCAUAAAAAUUUAUGUUAGCAAAAAUCUGUCAAAAAACUCCCGUGGGACUAUCAUGGAGACCGCGGAUGAACCCUGUUGGCCCCCAUACGGCUUGUCCAUAUACAGUAUAUCCAUAUAGGGCUCACCUAUGCAUGCUGGCUGGGAACUACAGCAAGUCAUCCAGGGUCUGAAGCAGCAAAGCAGAACAUCACACUGCCACCACCGUGUUUGACUGUUGUGUGAUGUUCUAUUUCUGAAAUGCAGUUAGUUUUGCCUCUGAUGUAAAGGGAAACACACCUCCCAGGAAAUUUCACUUUUGUGUCAGUAAUCCAUAAAAUAUUUUCCUCAACGUUUUGAGGGGUCAUCAAGACUGCUUUUUGAUACACGGAUCUUCAAGUUAUUUAUCAACAGCAGAAAAACACUCCCAUUUUUGCUCCGUCUCUUUUCUUUUCUGUUUUGUUCUUGAAAUAUUUUAGAAUGGGGCACCACACUUUUCUUUUUGAGAUCUUUUAGCCUCAGAAACGUUCUGUUGAAGCAAUUUUUACUCACUUGUUUUGGUUGUGGCAGGGAAAACCGAGCUCAGUUUCCAACACUUUAAUACGAGUUAAUUCGUGAUAGUUGGUAUUUGGUGGUUAGAAUAGCUCACUUAAUAAAUCAAACAUUUGUUUAAAAACUUAAUUUUGUAUUUAUUCAGGUUCUUUAUCUCAUGUUGAGUUUUUUCUGCAGACUGAAAUAUUUAAGUGUGAAGAAGAAGAAAGAAGAAAUCUAAAAUGGGGGCAAAGAUCUUCCUCUGCACACUGGUGCCAUUUUCCUCACAAGUCAGAAACAGAAACCGAAAGAUUACAACUCAAAGAGAUAAACAACUUUCAGGUUAAGUCAUAGACAAAUGUAUUCUAUUUUUAAAACAAAAUAGCAGCACAAGCACUUCAAGACAAAUUAAUUCACGAGUAAGCACCUUUUAAAUGACUAAUGACUCCUUAAGCACUUGUUCAAUCCUCCUUACAAAAUAUUUUUUGUACUGUCCGUCCUUAAUUAUUCCCCAUAAAUCUGACUAUUUCUAAGCACAGCAAUGAACAGCACAAUCCGAUGUGGAUGCUCUUUUCUGAAUGUGAAAAAUCUCAUUAGAGUAAAACAGAAAACCCACACAUUUCUGCAGGCCUCAUCAUUUAUUUAGUGUUGUCCACAAAAUGCUGUACCUGUGUAUGUAUAAACAAGCACCGUAUGUAUAAAUUAAUAUAUUUGAAAGCUUAUGGGAAAAUGUAAUGAUCAAACAAAUAACUUGUAUUUUUAUUUUUUAAAUUGAGAUUCCUUAUUCUAACUGUUGUAUGUUAGUGACCGCGGCAGGUACAUGUAACAAUAAAAGUAUUUUCUUCAAAGUUU